AUGCGCCGUCCUAUCGACACUAUCGCCUGCCACACUGCUGGCACUGGCAAUAUAUCUGAGCGCCAAGUCUACAGCGAGGACUACUGGUCGAAUGCCUCACUAUUCACAGCCACUGGCCCCAUUCCACCUGUGGAUGACGCUGCUGCCGCUGAUACAGCAGCUGGCGAGGCUGCGCUGCCACCGGCAUCAAGCCCACAAAUCCAUGCGAAUCAGCCGCCGGCGCUGCCACCGGCAUCAGAACCUGCAGAACCAGAACCCGCAGAACCAGAACCCGCAGAACCAGAACCAGCAGAAUCAGAUCCCACCAAGCGCGACCUGCCGUUCCCUUACAUCCCACCAGCCUUUUCCACCAUCCCCAGCUACUACCUCAUCGGCCUGCUAGAUGCCUACCGAGCCGCUGGACUCACCUACUGCACUGCUGCCAAGUGUGUGCCUGACGCACCCCACAAAUGCAAGUUCCGGCUGAAAGGCGGGCUGUCGUGUCUGUCGCCUAUCGACCCAAGACGCAGACAGCUGUCGCCGAGCGAACUCGAGGAUCUGCAGAGGUUCGAGGAAAGCGCAGCAAAGGUGCCACUGCAGGAUGACCAUGGUGGUGAGAUCAAGAUGUGCUCGCACUGCUGCACCAUCGAGACGUCGACGUGGCGGCGCAGUCCGAGAGAUGGAAGCUCGGUGUGCAAUUCAUGUGGGCUGGCACUCAAGACGCACGGCCGCGACCGCAAAAUCGUCCUUAAGCCGACUGGCGAGUUCUUUGUCGAGCGGGCCCGCAAGCGCAGUCGCAGGAAGGCUAUCAAGAGGCUGUGCAUGCAUGGCAGACAGCACAUGGGUCUGGAUGCAGUUCUGGAGCACCAGGUGGUGACUCUGGCCAGCGAGGCUGCUGGGCUUGCUGGCCCAGUGGUUCAUUUUGCACAGGAGGCAGCUGAUAUACCGUAUAUUAGCCUUAGGCAAAUGCAGAUGGUCGAGGCAGCAACUGGAGGACUGCACCUGAAUGCCCCACUUCAGGCGAUGGACAUGGGACAGCAGACAGCCAAUAUUCCUGGCAAUGUGCUUGGUAACAUGCCUGGCAAUGUGCUUUGCAGUAUGGCACCUCAGUUCACUUUUUCACUCGACGGCGAUGCAGCACUGCUUCACCACAUGAUUACCACUGGACAGACAACCCCGGACUACUCCAUGAUGCAGUUCGCUCCGCACCCCACCCAGAUGAUGGCACUGGCUGCGACCAGCUUGCCAGUGUCUCUUAUCAGCACACCGCCACUUACAAACACGCUGUCAGCUAUGACCUCGCCGUUGCAGCAGGAUCUUCAGUUGGCACGCGGUGGCACCACCAGCAGCAGUGUGGAUGGUAGUCCUGCCGUGUUCAGAUACUAUGAUCCGACGCCUCACUACCAGCACAACAUGAUAAUGUGA